UGUAAGCCAGUUGAUCAGUUGAUCGCAGUAGGAACGUUCGUUCGCUAAAGUUUGUUUUGCAAAGUCCUUUUGGUUGGUGAUUUUCCCCAUUUUUUGUUGCCGCGAUGGAAAACGGAUUUCGAAGCAUUCUGCACCUUAGCUAUCGUGAUUAUCGCGUCGUGCCCGAGGAGCUACGCGAGUGUUCCGACGCGAUCGAUGAGAUCUAUCUGAAGGAGAACCUUAUACGCUACCUGCCCGAUUGGUUCUGCGUCGAUAUGGCCCACCUGCGGUUCCUGUGUCUGGCCGGGAACGUGAUCGAUACGCUUCCCAGUGCGAUCGGUCGGUUGGAGUGCCUGGAAACGUUGGAUCUGUCGGGCAACUCGCUCCAGCACUUGCCUAGCACGGUGGGAAAGCUAGGGCGUUUGGUAAAGCUUCUGCUGAACGGGAAUCUACUCCUACAGCUACCAGCCGAAUUAGGCCACCUCAAGAAGCUAGAAGUGUUGGAAGCUCGCAAGAAUCGUCUCACCACCAUUCCGAUCCAGCUCGCCCACUGUGCCGCACUGCAGGAUCUGCUGCUCGACGAUAAUCCGGGUUUGGUUUCGAUUCCGACGCGCCUCUUCAACCUGCCAGCCCUCUGCUUCGUCUCGGCCGAACGCUGCAACCUAUACCAGCUACCGUUCACCAUCAACACGACCAGUUUGCUGUUUGUGCGACUGUUCGCCAACAACCAAUGCCUCACGCACUGUCCGCUGCCACUCGAACGCUUUGCUCAGCCCGAUUAUGAUGCGCUCGAGGAGAAAAUGCGUCGCAUAAGGAAUCCUCCCUGCUACCGGCAUGUCCGAUGCCAUCCCGUACCAUAUCUGCUAAAUCUUCCGCUGGAACUCGCAGCACUACACGGUGGUACCACACUCGAAAGCCAACAUCAACAGCCCAGGACUCUGCUCGAUCAAGCGCUGAAUGCCUGCAGCCGAGCAUUUCGCUUCGAGUUUGGAGAGGAUGGUUUGGAGAAGCUUCAAUUGCCACGGCAUCUGGCCGUUCGGUUGCUAAAUGGACCGGUGGCACGAUGCUCUAGUCCACCCUGUGAUCGGCAGCUCUUCACCGAAGCAGUAUUGGUGCUCGUUAAGCGCCGUGAAUAUGCCCGGAACUUUCUGCUCAGUGCGCUGUUCUGUUCACAGCUUUGCGCCGUCCGCUGGUACCGCUACAACUGUGACACCUACGAGGAGCUACUCUGGACACUACCACCACCCUGA